CUUGAAAAUAGAUCUGGGUUAUCUGAAACUCCUGCCAAAUCAUCACCAGCAACUCCUAGAGUUAGUAAACUAAGUAGGGGAGUGACUAAAUCAGAAACUGAUUCACCCUCUUCCCUCCAAAAUUCACGCCUUUCAGUCGAACGCUCCCCACGAUCCAUUAAUUCGAAGCCCACAAUCACCCGGUCGCCCAAGGUUGCUACACCUCCUGAAAAACCACAAGCACGGGUUGCAAAGAGUUCGGAGUUACAGGCUCAGUUGAGUCAGCUGCAGGAAGAUCUGAAGAAAACCAAGGAGCAGAUAGCAUUGAUUGAGAAAGAGAAAGAGAAAGCCCUUGACGAAUUGAGAGACGCACAAAAAGUAUCUGAAGAUGCAAAUGAGAAACUCCGGGAGGCUUUGGUUGCUCAAAAACGAGCAGAGGAGGAUUCUGAGAUUGAGAAAUUCCGAGCUGUUGAAAUGGAGCAGGCAGGAAUUGAAGCUGCUCAGAAGAAAGAAGAAGAAUGGAGAAAAGAGCUUGAAUCCAUUCGAAACCAACAUGCUCUUGACGUUGCUGCUCUACUCUCUACCACUCAGGAACUCCAGAGAGUGAAACAAGAGCUUGCCAUGACUUCUGAUGCAAAGGAUCAGGCCCUGAGCCACGCAGAUGAUGCAACUAAGAUUGCUGAGAUGCACGCUGAGAAAGUGGAGAUUCUCUCAUCUGAGUUGACCCGGUUGAAGGCAUUGCUUGAUUCAAAGCAUGAAUCUGAGGCCAUCGAAAACAAUGAGGCAGUGCUGAAACUUAAGUCAGAGAUAGAUAUUUUGACGCAUGAACUUGAUAAAGCAAGAAGUUUUGAGAAGAAGUUGAUAGAAAGAGAGGCUACUAUUGAGCAGCUUAAUGUUGAUCUAGAAGCUGCAAGGAUGGCUGAAUCUUAUGCACGUAAUUUAGUAGCCGAGUGGAAACACAGAAGUAGGUUUUAA